AUGUAUAAAACACUCUGGCUUGAAACUCAUAUAACCUCAAGCAUUACUACAUGUGCCGCCGAAGGCAUGGUGUACAACCAAGUAGGGUGCGGGCCCAUACGAAGUCUUUCUGGAGCCGACUAUUGGAAAGUUUAUUGGGAAACCUUUCUCUGUGUGUUCGCUUUCUCUCAUCACCUCUCCACUCGUUGCUCAUAUUUCCUCGCAUCAGGUCAUUACGACCUCUGGACACAGGGGGUCCACCACCGCGAUAUCAGUGACGGGAAUUUGAUGUAUAAAAUGGGUAAUGACGGGCAGAUUAUCGGAGUUCUAGCGGAUUUCGAUCUCUCAUCCCUCGAGGGCAAGGCAAGCUCAAACACCAAACGAACCGGCUCGGUACCGUUCAUGGCCCUCGACUUGUUAUCAGACGAGGCAGUAUCCGGAGAGGUGGCACACGAUUAUUGUCACGAUGCUGAGGCGUUUUUCUGGGUUGGGGUCUACGACACGGCUUGUUACGACGUUGGCCGUAUGAUUGAUAACAUGGUUUCGGCCAAAUGGAAUCUCCCUGGA